AUGGCUCCGCUCACGCACAAGGCAUCUUCAUAUCCAACGAAGGCCAUAUACAACGAGGGCGGCGUGCGGCUGUCACAGUCAAACGACAGCGGGUCGCGACUAUUACUCAAGAAGGAGAUCCACUGGCUGUUGAAAGCACCAUUCCAGCCGCUAGCUCUCCCUCGGGAAAUCCCAUGGCUCAAUGGCGAACUCUCAGAUCCCUGUUUCUGGAUGAAAUACUUCGACAUGAGAGUCUUGGAAAUAAUUUGGAAGCCCCUCAAUGUGCACACUGUCAUCGUAACCUGGCGUCAGAAGACGCUCCGUCGUAUUUCCAAUGCGAAGACUGUGGCCAACAUCUUCAGUGUCAGCAAUGUUGCUUAUCGUGGCAUGAGCGGUUCCCACUACACUCCCUCCAGAUGUGGAAUGGGAACUUUUUGGGUGAAGAAGACGCUCCAACAAAUCGGCCUCGUGUAUCAGCUUGGACACGGCGGCUUUCGCUGCCCAUUCCCAGAUCUUCGCACUCAUGAAAUGAUAGUUAUCGACUUACCCUUCAUCCACAAGAUUGACCUUCGCUAUUGCAAUUGUCCCCACUCUCGCAACGCUAAUAACGUGCAACAAAUCCUACGCAACGCAUGGUACCCAGCAACCGUUCUAGAACCCGCUACUUGCACGACAUUCCGAACACUCAAAGCCUUUCGACUAUUCAACGUAGUCGGUAACCUCAAUGUCACCGAUUUUAUCACCGCUUUGGAACGCAUGUCCAGUGCCAUGGCUGUGAGUGGUGUCGAGGCCGUCCCGCAACCGACUCGUCAAUUCCAUAGAAUGUCUCGCCAAUGGGCGCACUUAUCCAGACUCAAACGCUCCGGUCGUACACAAGUUCCAGUGGCAAUCGACGCGACCCCACUUGGUGCAUGCGCCGUUCUUUGUUGGGCCUGUCCUCAGGAAAACAAGAACUUGCCUCCGAACUGGCGCGCUGCCCCCCUCGAAAUGCAAUUCCUUUAUAUGAUGGUUCUCGCGAUGGACGCCAAUUUCCGACUGAAGAAUCGCAUUCGGAACAACGAGAUUGAUGACCCACCAUUAGGACCCGGCUGGGCGUAUUGGGUCGAACCGAACGGCUACCAAGAACACGUGAAAAAAUACAUGAGCUCAUGUAUUGCCUUUGCGGCUCUUCUCCAGAAAGAUACCCGAAUGACUACGGGCCUUCGUGUCUCAGGCGUCGGCGGAUGCGUGUGCGCGCGGCACGAAAUUGUUCGGCCAAAUGGGCUUGGGGACCUGCAGAAGGGAGAACGGUACUGCAACAUGGAUUGGAUAUUGUUCUCUGCGAUUAUGGCUCUCACCUUACUAUGGAUCACUAUCUCGUACGAUAUCGCGUGUCAAUGGAAAGUUCACCUGAACCAGCGAAUGAUGCGCCUGCCCUCAAAUAUGACACUCGAUCCCGACGCAACCAAGGUCCAAUUUGGUCUUCCCAUAUGGCAUGCGGAAUCACAUACGAAAUCUUGUCGCGAUACCAACAAAUUGGACUACAAACCCGGCGUAGCCAAAACAGACGGUGAAGCUAUCGAACGGGUUUGGUCGGUACUGAAUCCUGCUGCUCUUGCUACCAAGGAAAUGGGUCUCGGAAAUCGAGCCGACACACUCGACGAUCGUGUGGAUAACCACAACUUUCUCAAAAACAUGAUGCUUGGUACCACUUUACAGCGUCGCCUUCUUAUUGCCCGCAACGAACAAAAAACGCAAAUCGAGGCUUUCCAAUCAGUCUGCGAGGCAAUUGAGCCGGACUUGCAGAAAGAGUGGAAAAUGAUGAUACAUAAUUGGGAAGCCGACAACAACUGUCCAAACCCAUAUGUUCUCCCGACCAACGGUUUGCCCACUGAAGCUGACAUUCGUCACCAACUGCAGCAAGAAGAACGACAGCAAAACACCGAUGGUCGAGCACAAAUCGCAGAACGACUCAAAGUAGAACUCAAAGAAGCUGCUCUGCUCAGCUCGGAGCGUAAAAUCAAGAUCGACGAGAAGCGCGAUGCUCUCCUUCGCAAAAUCAAUCGUUUCCGCCAACUACAAGUGGUGUAUAUGCCGGGCGUUGCCCCUCUGAUGGCAGCUGCGGAGAUCGAACGCGACAGCAAUGUACCUGCGCUACCUGCUGAGGAGGUUAAGCUCUGGAUGCCGAGCCAGAUGCCGCGGACGCCUGACGGAGUAAAUGGAUGCCUUCCGGGUCUGGUCGCCCUCGAGGAGAGGCUACGCGUCUCCCAGUGCGAAAACACUCUCAGUCAACUCCGGUUCACCCUCCACGGCAAGCGAUGGCUUAUUGCUUAUCGCAAUGCUCAUGUUACUGGCCAACGCCAGACUACCAAGUCCGCGAAGUUGAUCCAGUCUGUCGGAGAUCGCGCCACUGGUCUCUACCGGCGGUACUGGCGAGGGUAUACUGCUUUAUCGGGCUUGAAUGUGUUGGACAAGUACCCGCAACUUCGUGAAUUGAGACAACAAGAUGUCCGACUCGAGAACGAUAUCGAUGUCGCGGACAUGGACGCCAGUCGAAAACUCGCAUCAACAGGGCUUAUACGCGGGGCCCGACUGCCUCGCACCAUGCCAAGCAGGUCGAGACAAGUCUUGUCAUGGAUUUGGACUGCGCCUGGCGCUUUCGCUGACGAAGAGAGAUCUCUGCACGAGACCAUGCGUGUCGAAUGGUCGCGAGCUUUGGCACGGAAACGCCGAUGGACUGAAGAAGUGCUGCUGGUCGAGGAGGAAAUGCGGCGCGUUCUGAGGUUCUUGACCUGGGAGGCCAAAUGGUGGAGAGCACAAGUAUCGCGGGCUGGGCUCGAUGAUUCGAGUAUCGCUGCGGGUUUGCGCUCGUAUGCUUUACGACGAGCCUCGCAGAAUGAGCAGAUUAUGAUGCAUUUCAGAAUCAAGUGGGCAGUUGGGGAGAGUAGAGCCCUUAGAGAAAUCAUAACUUUAGAUAGUAUUGCGGACAUGGAGGCUACUGUAACAUGA